AUGGAACGGGAGUUCUUGAGGAGAGUGAUGAGUAGGUUUGGCUUUGCUCAAAGAUGGAUUGAUUUGGUCAUGCAGUGUGUUACAACAAUGAGGUAUUCUUUUUUGGUAAGGGGAAAACCAAGAGGAUGUUUAGUUCCUACUCGGGGACUCAGACAAGGGGAUUCUUUAUCCCCUUAUCUAUUUUUACUUGGGGCGGAAGGGUUCUCUGUUCUACUUCAACAGAAACAAAGAGAGGGUUUUCUCUCGAAUAUUGAAGUUUGUCAAGAUGCACCCUCUAUGAAUCAUCUUCUUUUUGCUGAUGAUAGUAUGUUAUAUGAUAAUGCGGAGUUAGAGGAUUGUUAUCAGAUUCAGGAAGUGAUUGAAACUUAUGGAAGAGCUUCCGGUCAAAUAGUGAAUUUUAAUAAGAGUUUUGUGGUGUUCAAUAAGAAUGUAACAAACUACAUGCAAGGGGAAGUGGCUGAUCUCUUAGGGGUGGAGGUGGUAGAUUCUCAUGAAAAAUAUCUAGAUCUACCGACUUAUGUAGGCAGGAGGAAGUCUGCUACUUUCCAGUAUAUUAAAGAGAACUUGGCUAAGAAAUUGAAGAAUUGGCAGGGGAAGUUAUUGAGUGGUGCUGGCAAGGACAUUCUAAUCCGAGUGGUGGCUCAAUCCUUACCAACUUAUGCAAUGAGCAUUUUCCAACUUACAAAAGGGUUCUGUGAUGAGAUGGAACAGAUGUGUGCACGGUUCUGGUGGGGAAGCACUAAUGAUAAGCGUAAGAUUCAUUGGAGGUCUUGGGAUUUCUUGUGUAAUGCUAAGGAAGAGGGUGGACUGGGCUUUCGAAGCUUAGCGGAGUUUAAUUCUGCUCUAUUAGCGAAACAAGCAUGGAGGAUCAUUCAUCAUCCUACUUCUUUGAUUGCACGGAUUUAUGUUGCCAGAUAUUUCCCUUUGGGUUCUUUUUGGACUGCAGGGAUGCAUGCCUCUCCUUCUUACUCUUGGAGAAGCAUAUUGUCUACUCGUGAGUUAAUUGCUUAUGGUUUCUAUUGGCAAGUGGGUGAUGGUGAGAAGGUGAGAGCUUGGAGCCUUGGAGUGAUCCUUGAAUACCGGGUCUUCCAUCGUUUAAACCGGAGUUGCAAACUAACAGUGCGGAUGCUACACUUAAAGUUAGUGAUCUUAUUCUUCCUGAAAAUUCUUGGGAAGCAAGGAAAAUACGGGUUUGUUUUCAGCCAAUACAGCAGAGGCAAUCUUAUGUAUUUUCUCAGCUCUAGAAGAGCUCAGGACUAG